GUGGAGUUAAGAAGCCAUUGCGGCCAUGCAGGUGCAGAGGCCAAUACAAUGCGCAAAACCAUUGUAAUGUCAUUCUGAGCAGGGCCUAUUGUCUUCGUUGAUCUGUUGACAAAGCUCUUUUGUUUUACUGCAAUUUGGCUUUGUUAUUGAAAACGAAGCCUGAUGAUGUGUUCGGAAUGGUGAACAUCUGUGAAAGUGAAAAUUUUGAAAUUUCUGCAGGUAUUGUAACGGCAGGUUGUUUUUUACGGGCGAUCGGCAGUGUAAGGGUUUCAUCAUUAGCCAACGGCUAUGCGGCAAAUCUAUGCAUGAUCGUGUUGGGAUAUGCACCGCAGUUUGUGUUACUACACCAAAGCAAUACGCAAGGAUUUAUACUGCGCUUCAAAUUAAGAUCUCUCUGGAAUUAGUUGCUACUGAUCGCAAAGAAUUAUGUCUACGAGUGUGCUUGGAGAGGGAGAAAAAUUAAUUACAACAGUUCUUCUUAAUGGUGAAAGGCUACACGUCAAAGUUCAUGCAAAUGCGGUCACACGAGAGGUUUUCGACCAAGUGACAAGAUACAUCGGUGUUAAUGAAGUUCAAUAUUUUGGGUUGAUGAUCAUCAAAGAUGGCGAACAUCAGUUUCUGGAUUUGGAAGAAAAAUUAUCAAAACUUGCGAAAUAUGCACCUCAUUUAUGGAAGGAUGACAGCUCGUGGAACAGUUCUCUCGUAUUCACUCUGUUCUUCAGAGUAAAAUACUACGUUGAAAACAUUUGUUUACUUGAGGAACAAGCUACAAGACAUCAGUAUUAUUUGCAGCUGCGCAAAGAUGUUUUGGAAAAUAACAUUCGAAUCCACGACGACACUGCGAUGGUUUUAGCCUCAUAUGCACUCCAAGCUGAAUUGGGGGAUUAUGACAAGUCGUCAUUUGGAACAGAUUACUUUGUGCCACAACAUUAUCUACCAGCCAAGACGAUUGCAAAAUUGACUGUACCAUACAUCAAAAGCGCCUUGCCAGCAAUGCAUCAGUCUCAUCGAGGCCUCACGGAGGCCCAAGCAUCUAUAGAAUUUUUAAAGGAAGCUCAGAAGCUUAGUGAAUAUGGCAUUCUGUUCUAUCGAGUCUUCAAGAAAGAAUAUAACCGAAAAGUGCCGUAUACUCUCGGAGUUUGUGUUCGUGGAUUGAUUAUUUACGAGGAUACUGGCACUGUUCGGAAUCCGUUCUGUAAACACCCCUGGACCAAGAUCAAGAAAAUGUCAUUCAAGAGGAGAAAAUUUCUCAUCCAUGCAGAUUGCCCGAAUCCUGUUCAGGGACAUAUUGUGCUCUACACUGCCAAUUACAAAAGAUCAAGAUAUCUUUUAAAGACAUGUUCAUCUUUUUACAAUUUUCAAAUGCACAUGGCAGACAAAAUGGCCAAAUUCCAAGAUUAUUUUGAACCACCCCGAAUAUCAUCCACGAUACCGACCGUUCGUAUUGAUCCGGAUGGAAUGCCGGAUGUUGCGGAUGGACGUCGGACGUUCUCAGAAAGGGAACCGGAGAGAAAAAGAGCUUCUUCGAUGAAGGACCAAUCGAAAGAAUUGUCAAAACAGAAGCCAAAGCCCCAGGCCAAGCAAUACACAGUUGAUCUUGUGAAAGUUGACAACAGUUUUGGCUUCAGUAUCGUGGGAGGCAUUGAGCUUGGUGGAAUAUUUGUCAAAGAAUUGACUAUCGGUGGACCGGCGGCCUCAAGUGGACAAAUAAGUGCUGGUGAUCGUAUUGUCCAGGUGAACAAAGUAAAUUUUGAAAACGUCACAAGACGAGAGGCCAUUAACACGUUAAGAAAUGCAACCGAUCGAUCAAAAUUCACCUUUGAAACUUUUGGACAGACAAUGCUGCUUGAAGCUGAUCCAUCGAUCCUAACCCCCCUGACACUUUCAGCGUCGUCAAUAGCAACACUUGGAAACAACAAUGUGCCUCCACUUGGGGCUGAGAGAGAGUCGGAACUUGUUCGAGUUGAGCUGCCCAAGAAGGAUGGCAAUUUUGGCAUUGGCUUUACGGGAGGCCCAGAGCUUGGCGGCAUCUACAUAAAAUCAUUCUUACCGGGGGGCUCCGCAGAGGCAAAUGGACGGAUAGCCAUUGGUGAUCGACUGGUAGAAAUUGGAAAUACCAACGUGGAGACAUUCACACGAAAACAAGUCCAAGACAUGCUACGAACAUCCUCUAACGUAGUUACUUUGGUCUUGGAAAGAUACAAGAAGAUUCCCAUGAAUGACGUCAUGCACUACAUUGACCCAGAAAGGGUUCUUGCUUCCAACCAGAGUUACUUCUCAGUUUCGUUGGUGAAGAAGAAUGAAAGCCUGGGUUUCAGUAUAACGGGCGGUCAUGAGUUGGGCGGAAUAUUUAUAAAAUCAUUGAACAUGAAUGGACCAGCGGCGAUGGACCGUAGGCUCGAAGUCGGCGAUCGCAUCGUUGCGAUCAACAAUAUCAGUCUGGAAACAGCGACAAGACCAAAGGCAUUGGAGGUCAUUCGCACUGCUGCAUCGCCUGUCCGAUUAAUCAUCGAGAAGUGCAUGCCGCCAGAAAAUCGAGAUCCAUCAUCAAUGCCAAUGGAUGAGGAGACAAUGAUUCGCCGAUCCGAUUCAAUCAAAUCAUUGCCAACAGGAUACUCAAAGAAUGACAAUUCUAGGUUGCCUGUGAAAUUCCGUGGCCUGGCAUUGUCAGUGCAAGACAUUCCAGGAGUCAGUUUGAAAACAUCGACAAUGUUGCCAUAUGAUUUUGACAGAACAGAUGGACGACAACAAAUGGCACCACAGCAACAGCAACAGAUGCUGCUACAUCAGCAGCAACAACAGCAGCAACAACAGCAGCAGCCAUUCCCACCUCAGCAAAAUGACGGGGGUCAAAUGUAUAACCAACAAGAUGGUGGAAACUAUGGAAAUGAGGGGACAAACGUAAUCAGAAAGUCAAUGCUGCCUGAAGUUUUUGUCGUUGAUUUACCGAAAGUGAAUGGCAGUUUUGGACUUGGACUCACGGGUGGACCGGAAGUUGCUGGUAUUUUUGUCAAAGCACUGCAGCCAGGUGGUGCCGCUGAUCGAGAUGGAAGAAUAGUUAAAGGUGACCGACUUGUUGAGAUAAAUGGCAGAAGGAUGGAUGGAUACAGCAAAAAUGAUGCCAUUGAGAUGCUAAAGUCUUCUGUCGGCAUGGCAACACUUAUUUUCGAACGCUAUGGUUAUCAGCUUCAACCGCGUCAGUUUUCGUCUCAGUUGUCAAGUUUUGAUGGGGACUGCGUUCCCAUAGAACUUCAAAAGAAAAGAGGCAGCUUUGGGCUAUGUUUAACGGGUGGUCCGGAGAUGGGGGGAAUAUAUGUCAAGAGUGUUUUGCCUGCUGGAGCAUCUGAUGGAAAAAUUGCCAAAGGUGAUCGUAUUGUUGAAAUAAGCGGCAUAGCUAUGGAUGGAUUCUUAAAAUUUCAGUGUGAUGAAAUUCUAAAGAAGGCUCCUAACACAAUAACGAUUAUGGUAGAACGGUUCAAAAUUGCUGAUGAAAUUCCGCUUUUGGAUGGGGAUCUCUUCAGCGUGGAGCUGAGACGUGUAGAGUUGGGACUUGGCUUAACAUUAACGGGUGGAAUAGAAAAAGGCGGAAUAUACGUGAAAGGAAUACUGCCAGAGAGUCCAGCUGAGCAUUGUGAAAAAAUCAGGCGAGGGGACAGAAUUGUGGAAAUCAAUGGGGUUUCGGUGGAUGGACUCACAAAACAUCAGGCCGCAGACCUUUUUAAAAGAGCAAACGUCAUCAACAUUCUCUUUGAAAGAAAUGCAACAUACGAUAACAUCAUAGUACCAGAGUCGGACUUCUUCAGUGUUGAUUUGGCGAAAAAGAACAACAGCUUUGGAAUAACACUUGCGGGUGGUCCUGAAAUUGGUGGUGUUUUUAUUAAGUCAUUGCAAACAGGAGGAGCAGCAGCAGAUGAUGCAAGGCUGCAGAAAGGAGAUAGAAUUCUCGCCAUAAAUGGACAGAUCAUCGAUGGAAUGACCCGUCAGCAGGCAUACGAAAUCUUAAAGGGCUCUCUCAACAAAGUUAUUUUGUAUCUUGAAAGAUGUACGGUUGGAAGUGACGUACCUCCUUUAGAUACGGUAUUGACUGUCGUCGAACUAACAAAAGCAGCUGGAAGUUUUGGUCUGAGUCUAAUGGGCGGCCCUGAAUCAGGUGGGAUUUUUGUAAGGGCAAUGAUGCCAAACGGAUCUGCUGAAAUCGAUGGAAGAGUUCAGAUUGGUGACAAAAUUACAGAAAUCAAUGGAAUAAGUCUUGACGCUUGCACGAAAAUACAGGCCAUUGAGAUUCUGAAGAACUGUCCCCAAACAUCAACGUUUAUCUUGGAAAGAUAUCGAACAUCACCAAGAAGACUGAAUGGGACUCGACAGGGCUCAAUGUCUUCAAGCUUUUCACAACAAAGCCUUAGCCAAUCACGUACAAGUAUUCACAGCUUAGGCUCUGAAUCCAACCAAUCGUAUCACACGACACAGAUACCUUCAUACUGUACCUUGCCAAGACAGACAAUUGGACAGAGUGCGGGAGCUUCUGCGUUUCAUCCCGUGGCUAAAAGUGCUCCAAAUACGCCAAAAGUUGAAAGGGCAAUGAGUGGAGUUCCCGCGAGUAUGCACGCGGGUCAGAUAUCACGCAAUGAUUUGGAAGCAGCUAGAAUGCAAGGGCCUAGAUCUCAGAUCACAUCCACCAUGGGUAGCACAGUCACUCAGGCUGUAUCUUCUAUAUAUUCAACAAGAAACGAGAUUCCAAAUUCUCAAGACCAACAGGUCAAAGCUCUCACAUCAUCUGGUCCGACUAUUACCAGCUCAGGCAGUCUAACGAGGCUCAGCUCUUUGCAACGAGGCAGUGAUGUACCCGUGGUCCCUCACAACGGUAUACGAACAGCACCAACAACACCAGCCAAGCAAUCUGGUCUCCAAUGGUUACCAUUAGGGGGUGAAGCAGGAAAGCGGGAUAGAGUUGAUGGUCCAUCUUCUGGCCAAGUCAAACCUUUAGACAACAAAAUCCCUGGUGCUAGCAUUCCAUAUAAUACUACUUCCUCAUCCGGGACUGGGAGAACGGGCCUUGUCAAUGUCACUUCCGCCAGAGUGAGUGAAACAAGUAAAGCACAAUCAGUUUACUUAACUGGGCAAAAUGUCAGUUCAACGCUGUCAAAUACUCUCCCACGAGGAUUCGGAGCAUCAAAGGAUCUUGUUGGAUCAUCAUAUGGUUCAACGCCAAGCGUAUACGCACCAAAAAGCAACACUCUUUCUUCAUCAACUGUGAGCCUGUUCUCCUCGCUGACUAAUCGCCCGCCAAAUUCAAAGCCUCAGCCAGCACCCAGGACAAGCAGUCUUCGUGACAUAAACAGCCUUGGAUUUUCAAAGGGACCCCUUGGUCAUACGUCAUCACUAGAUAAACCCGAAACCAGCAUUUACAGCCACUCGACCUCGUCUGAAUCAAAAAGCAUUUUAUCUUCAGUAUACUCCGUCAGCAAGACGCAAACAGCUAGUGUGACGUCAAUCAAAUCGAACGAUUUCGCAUCGCUGCAUAGCUCAAUUUACGCAGCGACGCAGCAGAGGUCAGCUUUAGGUGCUGUCAUGAGCAGUCUGUCGAGUCAAAGUUCGACUGAUGUCGAAAGUCGCAGUGUGUAUGAGCCGAAACGUGUCGUAGGUCAAAACAUCUACUCAUUGGACAAGGUCAAAGGUCAAAGCUCGUUUGACAGUAGUUUAGGUCAAGGUCUAUCAGAUAUAUCCUCAGAGGAUUCUGAGCAGAGCACAUUUGUUGCUGAUUCCCACAAUGCAAUUCUCCAGAGCGCCAGAAGUGUCAUUGGAAUAGGCCAUAAUCCGCAGGGGAUCAACAACAUCCUUAGUUCUGUCUCGACCAAUCAGAGCCAAGCAAGUACUGCUUCUGCCAAAGUUCUAGGCAGCCUAUAUGGCAACACACCCAGGACUGCCUCGCAUUCUUCCGCACCCUAUGUCAAUACUGGUGACGUCACCGCAAAGCCAGUGAUGUCAUCAGCGCCGAACCAGGGCCUUCUGAAAACAUCACAACCGGAACAACACCAAACAAACAUUGUUGAUACAUUGACGAAUCCAUUUGCAAGGCAGUACCCCCGUCCUUCAAUGCAAGCAAUGGCCUCUGAUAUAAACGAAAAUGACGUCACAACGAAGACGACACAUCAAAAUGGAGAAAUCUACCAAAAUUCUGGAAAGCCGGCAGUUGUCAGACGGGGGUCGUCAGGCUUCCAUGGCUUAGGUAGUGAUCAUGUAUUUGAAGUCGUUCUCUACAAAGGACCAGUUGGACUAGGGAUGAAUUUAACCGGAGGUGCAAAUGAAGGCCCAAUCAGAGUAAAGAGGAUUGCAAAAGGCUCCGCUGCUGACGAGUGUGGACAGCUUCAAGUUGGUGAUAUCAUACUUGAGGUCAAUGGAGUGUCAGUAGAGAAACUUAGCUCAAGAGAAGUCGUUGGUUUGUUGCGCUCAAGCCCAAAUGAGAUUCUAUUGUUGGUCAAGAGAGAAAUGUCCUUCAAUCGGCAGAACUACCAACAAGCUAAUCCAUAUGUUGGCCUUUGAUCCUUUCAUAUGACCUCUGAAACCUUUGCUGUGACCUCUAGAGCCUGUCUUAUGACCGUUGAAUCCAGUACAAUGCCGGUUACAAUUGACCUUUGACUUGUCUCCUGAACUCUUUUACCAUAAAAACCAUUUGGCCAUUAUGCUUCGACGCGGGCGUAAAGCGAGUGAGUAGUUUCGACAUGUCGUAAGUUCGAUGUCGUUGUUUAUCGUAAAUUAAAUUGCCUUAGUGCGCGGCUGAACAAUUUUAAGUUAUCAGAAUCCUUCAGUUUUUAAGAAACAAAAUGAUUUAUCUUAAGUUUAUCGUUAUGCAGUUAAAAGUACUUUGUAUUUUCUGGAACAAUAUGUAAAAAUCUUAGUUAUUUUUAACUUCAACUCAGGCUUUUUAUUCUGUUGCGAUAUAUAAGUUGUAAAUUUUCUUUCUGUAAAUAUGUUCAUUUGAAUUGCAAGAAAUUAUGCUAUUAUUGUUCAUGUGAGGUUAAUUAUGCAAUACAUUAUUUAUUCAUUGUUAUUUAUGCACACAUGGCUCGUAAGUUAUUCGCAUAGAUUAUCAUAAAUCACAACAGUAGAAUUUUAGCACAAUAUCAAAGGAAAUUCAAUUAUAAAAGAAAUUUUUUCAAUUCUUGCUAUUAACAGAAAAGAACUCGGUUAUAGCUUUCAAAAUGCAAAACAGUUUUCCCCCAUUUCUGAAAAUGUCCGGAAAUUUUAAUGGACAUAUUAGAAACUUUCCCGUAUUUCAAAUUUCAAAUUAUAUCUUUCAUAGUCGAUAAAUGCUAACUAAAAUUAAUAUCAUAACCGUAAGUCUAAAAUCGUAACUUGUAAUUAUAAAUCAUUCUUGACGCUCCAUGCUCAUUGUUGAAAACUUUCGAAUAAAGAUUCGAAACUUGCAGUAUCCUUGCAAACAUAUCUCAACAAUAGUUUCAACUUUAUAAAUUGUCGAUUCCCCCCUUCCAUUUAUUAUAUAUAUGUCGAUUUCACUUUCUUGUUUAUUAGCCCCCCUUUUUGUUUAUAAAAUUUUGGAGCUAGCCAUCCCAAUUUUAUGUCAACAUUCUCAUUUUUCCGAUCUCAGAACAGCUUUCUGCAAUUUUGUUUGAAAUCUAGCAUCUCCGUUGAUUCUUCUCAUUGCGUGUCCCAUGGAUGCAGGUUCUGACGUAUUUCAUGUUUUCUUCAUUCAUAUUAAUAUUUAAACAAAAACUGUGCUACAAUUAUUAUCACUUACGGGUGUCCCCCAACAGCUUGAGCCCCAUACAGCUUGCUUUCAUCUUUUAACUUAGUUUAUCAUCGCAAAGCAGUGGUGGCGCCAGGGGAGGGCUAGGGGGGGCUACAGCCCCUCUGUCGGAAGCAUCUAGCCCCCCCCCCCCAUCAGAGAAAAUUUUAGGUUAUUGUCGGAGCAAAUUUGACAAAAUAACGCACGAAAACUGCUUAUUUUAGUCAUUUUAGCCCCCCUGUCGGAAGCUCCAACCCCUCUUUCGGAAGAUUUCUGGCGCCACCUCUGUCGCAAAGAGAAACCCAUUUUCAAGAUCCAGAUUAUUCUUUGUCUUCUUUUGAGCAACGUGCAUGUUGGAGUAGCAGAAUCAAAGAAUCGUUUUUUUGGUUGGUGAUGCUAGACAAAAGCUCAAGUGUCUGUAACUAAGCCCUGACAAGGAAAAGGGAGGGGGAUUAGGAAGAGAGAGAGGAAAGAUUGAAUCUAUUUUUGUUAUGAAUAAAGAUAGGUUGUAAGAGUCUGGGAGACAGGAAGGGGGUAGAGCAUUUCAAAGUUAGCAAGAGGAAGGAAGAAGAGUUGUGUGAUUGAGUUCGUGCGUUUUGGAGAAAGACUUGGAAAGGUUGAGCACUGAAAGAGUGUCUGGUAUUGUGUGCAUGUCUCAGGAGAUCUGGGAUUAGGUUCCUUACUGCAUUUUGAUGCCAGGAAACAAGGGCGUCUUGCUUUCACAAGUUAUUGACAGAAUGACGCAGUUUCGGAUAGAAACUCAAUGAUACAUCACAAAAUAAUUCUUAAACUCAAACUGCUAAACCAAAAAGAACAAUCCCUUAGCUCUCAUAUUCAAAUUCUUUUCCUUGCAGGGCUUUAUAAUCCGAUGAUCUUUAACAUAUAGCCUUAUUUUUUGCCUCGCCAACUUUAGAUACGAACAAAAUCCUCGUUAAUUUUGACUCUUGUAUUUUAAAUGUAUAAUUUACCGAAUCUUGUCAUUGGAAUUUAUUCAGCAACAAACUGCAAGUCAAAUGCUUUGUUAGCAAUACCGUGAAAUUAUUAAACCAUGACGUCACAAUGUUGUUUUUCUUGCCCAUACCUCUUGUUUCAGCCAUGUAAUUGGUGCCAUGAUCAUAAGCAUUUUAGAGCAUCUCCUACUUGUAUCUAUUAAAACGCAUGUUUUAGCCUAUAGUCAUAUGCAAUUUUUUUAAGGAUUUCUUCGGCAAAUAGCAACAAUCUUUUAAGGAUUUCUUCGGCAAAGAGCAACAAUCUAAGGUACAACUUCCCGUCUGGAA